GCCCCCGCGCUUGGUAGAUGUGCGCUACUGCGCAUGUGUAUAACAACAUAGCAUGAUCCCUUUCUGUUUCAUCUUUCCCCUUUUUAGUAUUGCUUAAAUUUUGAUUAUUUGUUAACUUAGAAUGCCACCAAAGGGAAAAGGUGGUAAGGGUGGUAAAGGAGCUGCUUCAGGAAGUGCAGACGCUGAAAAGAAAGAGAAAGCCCCAAAGGGAGGCACUUCUGUCAAGGUUCGGCACAUCCUUUGUGAAAAACAUGGAAAAUGCAUGGAAGCAAUGGAGAAACUAAAGGCUGGAGUCCGUUUCAGUGAAGUAGCAUCACAAUUCAGUGAAGAUAAAGCCAGACAAGGAGGUGAUCUGGGGUGGAUGACACGGGGAUCGAUGGUUGGACCUUUCCAGGAGGCAGCAUUCGCAUUACCUGUCAGUACCAUGGAUAAACCCGUCUACACAGACCCUCCUGUCAAGACAAAAUUUGGGUAUCACAUUAUCAUGGUCGAGGGGAAAAAGUAACAUAGAUCAACUCGACACUUUAAAAUUGAAUGGAAAAAAAAUCAUGUGUUUGCUUUAUUGUGACUUCUUUAAUUUCUUGAUUACAUUCUGCAAAAUGUUUAGGAGAAGAAACGGUCCUGUCACAUCUGUGUAAAAGGUAUACUACCAUUCUGACUGUCAAUCUGAGAGAAAAUUCUCUUAAACAUGAGUUUAUUUUACAUACAUCUGCAAUAGAGAAUCCAGUGAAUUACUUUUGUGGACUUGCAACUGUAAAAUUGCCCAAUAAAUGCAUUUUCAUUCA